ACGCCGAGGGGACAGACAGACAACGCUGCUGCCGGGAGGGGAAAGGAGGCACCAUCGCACAAAUCCCGGGAUUGGACUCCAUGCCGAUCCUAUCUGGACUCGAGACGCGGUGUGUAUUAAGCAAAAGUUUGCGAGCUGUUCAUUCCGGUGCUAUGUUCUUAAGAGACGCGUUCAAGUGGCCUGGACGGAAUGUAGCUAGCUGUAAGCGGCCGGAGGAAGUUGAGAGGAUUGCUUUGCUGUGUUAACUGGCUGGGGAGGAGAGUGUGGUAAACUGACUGAUGCGCCAAAUGAAUGCUAAGAUGCACUUUAUGCUUGCGUGUGCACUCUGGAUGGUGGUUUUCAGCGGCGGUGUACUGGGCAAGAAUUUGAAAUACAGGAUUUAUGAGGAACAGAGCUCUGGAUCAGUCAUUGCAAGACUAUCCGAGGAUGUGGCCGAUGUUUUAUUUAAGCUGCCCAAUCCUUCCACUGUUCGGUUUCGAACCAUGCAAAGGGGGAAAUUUCCUCACCUCAACGUGGAUGAAGGUACUGGGGAAAUCAGCAUAGGGACUGUCAUUGACCGGGAAAAACUAUGCCAGAAAAACUUGAACUGCUCCAUAGAGUUUGAUGUGAUCACCCUACCCACCGAGCAUCUGCAACUGUUCCAUAUUGAAGUGGAAGUGCUGGAUAUUAAUGACAAUUCGCCGCAGUUUUCGAGAGCCCUCAUACCUAUUGAGAUAUCUGAGAGUGCAGCGGUUGGCACGCGGAUCCCGCUGGAUAGUGCCUCCGAUCCAGAUGUUGGGGAGAAUUCCCUCCACACCUACUCCCUCUCUGAUAAUGAUUUCUUCAGUAUUGAGGUACGGACCAGGACUGACGGAGCCAAGUAUGCAGAACUCAUUGUAGUCCGAGAGCUGGAUCGGGAGCUGAAGUCCAGCUAUGAGCUUCAGCUCACUGCCUCCGACAUGGGGGUGCCUCAGAGGUCUGGCUCGUCCAUCCUCAAAAUAAGCAUUUCUGAUUCCAAUGACAACAGCCCUGCUUUUGAGCAGCAGUCUUAUAUAAUACAACUCUUAGAAAACUCUCCAGUUGGCACUUUGCUCGUCGAUCUGAAUGCCACGGAUCCAGAUGAGGGCGCUAAUGGGAAAAUUGUCUAUUCUUUCAGCAGCCAUGUGGCUCCCCAAAUUAUGGAGACUUUCAAAAUUGAUUCAGAAAGAGGACAUUUGACUCUUUUCAAGCAAGUGGAUUAUGAAAUCAUCAAGUCGUAUGAGAUUGAUGUUCAGGCUCAAGACUUGGGUCCGAAUUCUAUCCCGGCUCAUUGCAAAAUUAUAAUUGAGGUUGUAGAUGUUAAUGACAAUAAACCUGAAAUUGACAUCAACCUGAUGUCUCCUGACAAAGAAGAAAUCUCUUAUAUUUUUGAAGGGGAUCCUAUUAACAAGUUUGUUGCUUUGGUCAAGGUUCAGGACAAAGAUUCUGGGCUGAAUGGAGAAGUACUUUGUAAACUCCAUGGGCAUGGUCACUUUAAACUUCAGAAGACUUAUGAAAACAAUUAUUUAAUCUUGACUAAUGCAACGCUGGAUAGAGAAAAGAGAUCCGAAUACAGUUUGACUGUAAUUGCCGAGGACAAGGGAACACCCAGUCUCUCUACAGUAAAGCAUUUUACUGUUCAAAUCAAUGAUAUAAAUGACAAUCCACCCCACUUCCAGAGAAGCCGUUAUGAAUUUGUCAUUUCUGAGAAUAACUUACCGGGAGCAUACAUCACCACUGUUGCAGCCACAGAUCCUGAUCAAGGAGAAAAUGGGCAUGUGACUUAUACCAUUUUGGAGAGUUUCAUCCUGGGCAAGCCCAUAACUUCUUAUGUAACCAUUGACCCAUCCAAUGGAGCCAUCUAUGCCCUCCAAAGCUUUGAUCACGAGGAAGUGAAUCAGCUCUCUUUUGUGGUUGAAGCAAGAGAUGGAGGGAGUCCAAAGCAACUUGUAAGCAACACCACAGUUGUGGUCACCAUCAUUGAUGAAAAUGACAAUGCCCCCUUGGUUAUAGAACCUGUGCUACGUAAUCACACUGCAGAGAUCUCCAUCCCCAAAGGGGCAGAAAGUGGCUCUCAUGUCACAAGGAUACGGGCAAUUGACAGAGAUUCGGGUCUAAAUGCUGAACUCAGCUGUUUCAUAGUAUCAGGAAAUGAGGAGGAUAUCUUUGUAAUUGAUCCACGAUCAUGUGACAUCCAUUCCAACGUGAGCAUGGACUCCAUCCCUUAUACAGAAUGGGAACUUGCAGUGAUCAUCCAGGACAAAGGCAGUCCUCAGCUGCAUACCAAAGUCCUCCUAAAGUGCAUGAUCGUCGAGUAUGCGGAGUCGGUGACAAGUACAGCAAUGACCUCAGUAAGCCAGGCGUCUUUGGAUGUCUCCAUGAUUAUCAUUAUUUCUCUAGGAGCAAUCUGUGCAGUACUGUUGGUUAUCAUGGUGCUGUUUGCCACCAGGUGUAACCGGGAAAAGAAAGACACUAGAUCCUACAAUUGCAGGGUUGCAGAAUCAACUUAUCAGCAUCACCCCAAAAGGCCGUCCAGGCAGAUUCACAAAGGUGACAUUACAUUGGUACCUACAGUAAAUGGGACACUCCCUAUCAGGUCUCAUCACAGAGCGUCUCCAUCUUCAUCUCCUACCCUAGAGAGAGGGCAAAUGGGCAGUCACAACAGCCACCAGUCCCUCAAUAGUUUGGUGACAAUCUCAUCAAACCACGUGCCAGAGAAUUUCUCAUUGGAACUCACCCAUGCCACCCCUGCUGUUGAGGUCUCCCAGCUUCUUUCCAUGCUUCACCAGGGCCAAUAUCAGCCGCGGCCGAGCUUUCGAGGAAACAAAUACUCCAGGAGCUACAGGUAUGCCCUUCAAGACAUGGACAAAUUUAGCUUAAAAGACAGUGGCCGUGGUGACAGCGAAGCAGGAGACAGUGAUUAUGAUUUGGGGCGAGAUUCUCCUAUAGACAGACUUCUGGGUGAAGGAUUCAGCGACCUCUUCCUCACAGAUGGGAGAAUUCCAGCAGCUAUGAGGCUUUGCACGGAGGAGUGCAGAGUCCUGGGACACUCGGACCAGUGCUGGAUGCCGCCUCUGCCCUCGCCCUCUUCCGAUUACAGGAGUAACAUGUUCAUUCCGGGGGAAGAAUUCCCAGCCCAACCCCAGCACUCCCACCCGCAUCAAAGUCUGGAGGAUGAUAUCCAGCCUGCAGAUGCCGGCGAGAAAAAGAAGAGUUUUUCGACCUUCGGGAAGGACUCCCCAAACGACGAGGACACUGGGGAUAGCGGCACCUCCUCUCUGCUCUCGGAAAUGAGCACCGUGUUCCAGCGCCUCCUGCCCCCUUCCCUGGACACCUACGCCGAGAGCAGUGAGGGGGACCGGUCCAACUCACUGGAACGCCGGAAGGCGCCCUUGGCCGCCAAAACCAUGGGCUACCCACAAGGGGUCGCUGCCUGGGCAGCCACUACACACUUUCAAAAUCCCACCAACAGCUCUGGACCGGCCCUGGGCCCGCACUCCAGUGUGCAGCCUUCGUCCAAGUGGCUGCCGGCCAUGGAGGAAAUUCCUGAGAACUACGAGGAAGAUGACUUUGACAAUGUGCUCAACCACCUCAACGAUGGGCAGCAUGAACUCAUGGAUGCCAGCGAGCUAGUGGCCGAGAUUAACAAACUGCUCCAAGAUGUCCGCCAGAGCUAGAAGAGGUUUUUUUUGCGAAGUGUUUUCGUUUCCAUCUUGAUGGAAAAAGAGGGAACAGAAUAAACCCUGCGAGAACUGGCCUUGCCAAAUAGUUGCAUUUAUCAAAAAAUGUGUCUGUGUAUAUUGACUAUUAAAUACUGUAUUUUCGUAUGUACACAAUGCAAGUGUGAUUAUUUUAAUCUGUAUUUUAAAAAUACAUUUGUACCUUAUAUUUAUGUGUAAUUUAACAGACAAAUUUUAUUUUUUUACUCUCAUGACAAACAUGUCUUUCCUAUUCAUUUAGAAAGUAGACACUGUUUAAAUAUCAUAUGCUAUUCAACCACAAAGUAUUAAGGCACUGCUUCGUUUAGUUAUGCUGGGGGAGUAAAUAUUAGCUUGUAGUAACAACCCCACGAAAGCAUUGUACAAUUCUUAGUUCCAGUAAGUGAUCCCAUAUUUUUUUAUACUUUUAAAGUAAGUACCAUUGAAAAAUGUUACAUUUUUUUUUAAUUAUUAUUUUCUGGUUUUUUGCUAGUUCAGAUGUUUAUCACUUACAAGCAAAAUUGCCACGAGUGACAUUUUGUUUCAGGAAUGGGAAAUACCUUAAAAGAUAUUUAUGAGAUGAGUUUUUAAAAUAUGUUUCACACACAGUGAUGGGAACAGAAGUAGAGUUGGUUUCCAAAUGCCCAGCUCCCUACUCUUGCCAGCAUCUUAAACUGGACUGUCCUUGAGAAAGUCCAGUGUAUGAGGGAUUUGAUUUUGACUGUCCCCUAAGUAUUCCUAUUGAUUUACAAUCAAGGUGAACAAAUCCCACUCCAUCUUUGUAAUCUGAGAGGGAUCCAAUGAAAAUAGGGUCUGCCCUUUAACCUUUUCAUGACCCUUGGGACUUAUGAUUUUACAUCAGUAUAUGCUACCUCUCAAUUUUCUUGGGAAGUGACAGGCAGCCUUUGGGAGGGUGUGUGCCUAUAACUGUUUGAAACCGAACAAGCAGGCAUUUAUCUCUGGUUUGUACAGGGUAUUGCUUGAGGAGUCUGAAUUUUCAGUACGACAAGUAAAAAUUUGGACAAUUUUUAUUUGAGACCCCUGUCCUUAUAGGUUCUAGGAGAGUUAUAGGGCAGACUGAAAAAAAAUGUCCCUCAAGACUUUAAAGGAUGAGGCAAGAAAAAUAGCAGCACUACUUAUCAAAAAACUCAGACACACUCAGCAAUUCAAUAUGCUUCUGCUACUAAAAACACAUGGUAUCAAUAAAAAAUCCAAAGGAGGUAAAUAAUUGGGUCCUUAAAGGGUUAAAAGGAUGGCAGUAUAUGUUCUAAUAAUGUAAAGUAUUGAUGGUUAGGUCACGGACCUCUAAAGCUAGGAACGUACUUGAUUUUACCUAAAAACGUUCUAUUUAAAUCUCUUUUGCUUUCACAAUGCUUAAAGAAUUUUGGCUUGAUUUUUUUUUAACCUGUUAACUCUUCACUUUCGUAUUUUGUAUGCAAUGCAUGAUUGAAUAUUUUUGUUUUAUUUUUAGUAUACGAACAUUUAUA